AUGGUCCCCUGUGCCACUGCCCUGGCACUGUGCCUGGCACUGCUGCUUGCCUGCCUGGCUCACGGUGAGGGGCUGGCGAGCCCCCAGCGCGUGCGCUUUGCUGCAGAGGUGGCGUGGCACCUGCUGAGGUGGGAGCCAGGGCACGGCUGCCCCAGCAACGCCCGCUACGACGUGGAGCUCAAAGUCUAUGGCUCAAGUAUCCCCUGGACAGCCAUCCCAGAGUGCAGGAACACCACGGAGCUCUCCUGUGACCUGACCCACUACACCCCAGACCCGGAGCGGCGCUACUUCGCUCAGGUCAGGGCCGUGUCCGGGAACCUCACGUCCCCCUGGCAAAGGACCAGCGCCUUCUCCCCACAGGAAGCUGGCCUGUAUCUGGUGGGCCAGAGCCUCUCCGUGGUGGGCAACUCCAUCCAGGUGCGGCUGCAGCUGCCCCUCCGCCCCGGGAACAUCGCCCCGGAGCACAGCGAGGCAAUGACCCGGUACCACGUGUACGUCAGGAGGACACGGGACAACCACACGGUCACAGUGGUGAAGAGCAGCACGGAGUUCACCAUCAGUGAGCUGUUCUGGGUCACAGAGUACUGCCUGAGCGUGGAGCCCAGCAUGGCCAACAGGCCCGUCCCCAGCACGCGCAGCGAUGAGCAGUGCGUCACCACCGGCCACAGGGACAGGAGCACAGAGCUUCUCCUCGGCAUCCUCAGCUCCUCCUUCAUCAUCCUGUUGCUGCUGGGCCUCCUGGGGGCUCUGCUGGCAUGCACCUACAUUAGGAAAACUGUGAGGACACCUUCUGUCCUGAAGUCCUUCAUGAAGCAGAGCUCGCUCUGGGUGGACCAUGAGCCCCCAUCCUUGGGCAGCCUGGAUGCAGACCCCAUCCAGCAGCUCUUCCUGUGCCAGAAGGAGCCCUGGCCGGACAGCAGCCCUGACGGCAGCACCAGGGCAGCUCAGCUGCCCCUGGAGCAGGGCUGGAAGCUCCCAGAGGACCAACACAAGGACCAGCUGUUCCUGCUGGAGCCCACGGGGAGCAGAGACAGCAGCAGCACCAGCACCGACAGUGGCAUCUGCCUGCACAUCCCCUCCUCCUCCUCCUCCUCCUCCUCCUCCUCCUCCUCCUCCUCCUCCUCCCUGAGCUGCUCUGCAGGCUCCGAGCCCCAGGGCUACAGGCAGCAGCUGCCCAUGGCUGAGGACAGUGGGGUGGGCUUGGAGAGCCCCUGCCCUGCUCCUGGCUGCUCCUCUGGCAGCAGCAAUGCCAGCCCAGAGGAGCCCGGACUCUCCCCUGCUGCCAGCCGGGAAGAUGUGGAGUUCCGGGGGUAUCUGCAGCAGUCUAAGGGCACCGUGGGGCCAGAGCAGGCCCUGGACAAGGGAGUGCCCCUCUGGGGCUGUGCAGGGUCCGUGCAGGGCCUGGGCAGUUCUGACACCGUGCUGGACAUGGAGUGCUCCGAGCUGGCUGUGUCCAAAGGGUAUUUGAAGCAGUCCUCUCCGGAGCAUCUCGUCACACAGGACCUUGCUCCAUGGGGAGCCCCUGCCUGGGACUUCUCCAGCCAGCCCCAAGCCCUGACUCUGCUGAGCUGGGCAGCUCCAGGUGCUCCACUGACCUCCAAAGCCAGCCCUGAUCUGAAAAUUCCCUUCGACCUGAACAUCUUCAACAACACUGCCUUCCUGGGGACGCUGCCGCUGGUCUCCAGCCUCAGCUCCAGCUGGAUCACACCACCCAUCAAACCCCUGAGCCAGCUCAGCGGGGACAGCAAGGACAGCCGCCUGUGA